CCGCAGUAAGUUGGUUGUGUUAUCGAAAGAACAGCUGUUGCUAGAAAUUAAACUCGCAUUGCCGCUGGAUAAAGCACGCUGAGAAAAUGAUGCAACAAAGUAAACGCAUUUUGACGCCAGUCCUGCAGGGACUCCGGAAUCUGUCGGCACGCGGUGCUGCCACAAGUACAUCAAGCACAGCACCCGCCAAAAUUGAAAAAACUGUCAACAACGUAACCAUAUUAGGGCGUGUGGGCGCAGAUCCACAACUGCGCGGCUCUCAAGAACAUCCAGUGGUCACAUUCUCCGUUGCCACUCACACCAACUACAAAUAUGAGAACGGCGACUGGGCUCAGCGCACAGACUGGCAUCGUGUAGUUGUCUUCAAGCCAAAUUUGCGUGAUUCCGUGCUGGAGUAUCUGAAAAAGGGGCAGCGCACAAUGAUCCAAGGCAAGAUCACCUAUGGAGAGAUCACAGAUCAACAGGGCAACCAAAAGACCAGCACCAGUAUCAUUGCCGACGAAGUGGUCUUCUUCCGCGACAUCAAUAACUAACAUAGCAUAUAACCAAAAAAAAGAUAAUCCCACUUAAUCCUAUAGACGUAAGAACAAAAGUUGAACUUGGUUUGCAUUUAAUUACAUACCCAUACGCAUAUGUAUAAUAUUCAUAAAACUUGAAAAGAUAAUGCUGUGACUAGGAUUUAUUUAUAGUAUAUAUCGUUGAUGACAUUGGCCAUCGUUAAGGUGCAUUUGGUAGUUAGGCUGCUAAUCUGCAUUUGUUUAGUUAUUUGGUCAUAGCUGUUGGUCACUUCUUUUGUCAUCGACUCCAGUUUGUUUAUUUCUUGCUCCAUUAAGACCAGAGACUUCCGAUGAUAGUCUAUAAUCUUUGUGAUCUACGGUUGCAAAUAUGCCAUAAUAUUCUUAUCUGAUCACUUUUUUUAAGUUCUUACCAUAUUAAUGGGCUUUAAAUGGGAACCAGCCUCAGUAUUAAAACGUUCAAUUUCAGCUUUAAGUAAAUUGGCCUGAGCUGCGGAACGGUCUGCGGAGAGAAGCAGCUUCAUGAGAACCAAAAAAACAGCUAUGUUUGAACGGCAUUGUGUUAAACUUUGGACAUUUCAUCGGAUCCAUGUACAUUGCCUCACAAUGCGAGAUAACUCUCUCUGCUUGAACUAAUUCAUUUUCAUUCUCCAUCAGCUCCAACUCCAGCUUAUAUACACAGUCCUUCAAUGUCUCCACAAACUGGUCGAUAAAAACAAGCUUACGGCGAAGUUGUUGUACAUAUGAAUAUUUUAUCUUAUAAGAAAGUCUUAUACUAUUAUCUCACUUGUUUCCCAUUCUCUAAGCAGAUCUUUUCUUGUUCGCGUAUAAAUUUCAAUUUUGUUUCGAAUUGAUUUUCGAGUUCUUUUGUAUCAUCAAUUAAAAUAGUAGAUAGCA